AAACAUGAAACGAUCGGGUGGCAGUGAGAGCGAGAAGAGAAGAAAGAGACGCAGGCUGCUGCAGGAGCUAGGAGACCAGCGCAUCCCCUACCUCGGGCCCUCAGACCAUGGCUUCCAACAGCUGUGGGAGACUAGCUACUCUGGCCUGGCUCUGCGGCGGUCCUGCUCCCUGCCUGAGGAGCUCCAUGGUCGGGUGGAGGCUGCUCUGUUCACCCUGCGGCGGAGGGGCUGUUUCCUGAGGGACCUGGUGAAGGUGAGGGACCGAGACGUCUUCACCGUCGUGUCCCGGGUGCUGCUGGGUCAGCCAGGAACCACCUACCGCUAUCUGGACACGCGGCUCUUCACCAUCCCCUGGCACACUGACGAGCAGAGAGGGACCUGCUGCGACCCAGACCUCAGCGCCGCCUGCAAAGCACUCUGGGAGCUCAACUGCUUCUUCUGCUCUGAUGUCGGAGACAGGAAGGAGGGGGAUGUUUUCAAGCAGUGCAGGAAAGAGUUGUUUGGUGCUAUAGAGUCUAAACCCAGUGUAGAAGGAGACACGGAGUCUAAAGAUAGUGAGGAGUCCAAACCCAGUGACGAUGGAGGAGACUCGGAGUCCAAGCAGAGUGAGGAGGGAGAGACUGAGUCAAAGCACAGCGACGAUUGGGACAUAGAGUCAAAAUACAGUGAAGAGGAAGGCUCAUCGUCCAAACAGGAUGCAGCGUGGGAGUCAAGACACGGCGACGAGAUGGGAGACAUGAAGACUAAACAAACUGAAUUGGGGAGUCCAACGGCGUCAAAACAACACAGUGAGGGAAAACACACAGGCUGGAAGCACAGGCCAGCUGGCAGCACAGAGACAGAGACCACAGACCUAGGCCCUCAGGAGAAGCCUGUGGCUGAGCUAAAACACAGUCUCUCUGGGUACCACAUUGAAGAUGAGGAGGAUGAAGACCAGCAGAGUGGCCAGGGAUGCUCUAACCUCAACCCUGCUAAGACAUCCUGUCCUGGCCCGACCCAGUUCAACGUCACCCUGCUCAACUACAUGGACCCAGCAGCAAUGAGCCAGCUGAAAGAAGAGCCAUAUUAUGGGAUGGGUAAGAUGGCUGUGGGCUGGCACCAUGAUGAGAACCUGGUCAGCUUAUCUCCUGUGGCCGUCUACAGCUACAGCUGUCAUGACGACGACAAAGGUGUGAGCUCGGAGGAGGGUCCUGCAGAGAAGGGCUGCUGGAGGAUUGGUCUAAAGGUGGCCUGGGACAUCCACACCCCUGGACUGACCCUCCCACUGCAGUCCGGAGACUCCUACUACCUUAGAGUUGGUAGUUACAGUUUUGUCCCAUCGCUGCAACUCCCGUACGGACUCGGAGAGGUGAAGAUCGAGAGCCCUCCGAAACACGACCCCACCAAGCCGCGCUGA